AUGAGAAAAUAAAUUUUGGAAAUUUAUUAAAAGAAAUUUGAUGAUUACUUUGGGGCAGAUAGCGGGAAUGGUGUAAAAUUGAAAGAUAAAUUAUUCUAAAAAAUACUUCUUAACUAUUUUUAAAGAAUGAAAGAGUAAAACAAAAACUGA